GGAACACACAUGCAGUUUGUGCCAAGCUCUUUUUUAGCUCAGGACAGGGAACAAGACAUGGGGACAUUUUUCUUAAGUCUCUCCUCAUCUGUGUGCUGCUGAGGAGUCAAGCAAGUAAAAGUAUCAGGUGUAAAAUAUUGAUGGGGCAACAGGUGUGAUCCUAAAAGCGAAGCAGGUCUUUUCCCUUCUGAUCGAUGUAUCACACAGCGAGGGGCUGCCAGCACCCCCGCCACAGGCUGAACCACGGACCUCAGUACUGAUUCACCGAGCCUCACUCCUCCUACAGGAGGAGGAGGAGGAGGAGGAGGAGGUGGCGGUGAGCGGGCAGAGGGAGGUCACGGAGACCAGCCGCUCGUCCGGGAGCUGUGGUUCAUCGUAGUGGUGGCAGCCGUCGCCCUGCUGCUGCUGGCCAUCGUGUUAGGUGUCAUACUCCAUAAGGUGAGUUAUUUUGUGUUAUACGGUAUGUCAUGCCAGGAAAGGCAUGACCCCCAAAAGCACAGUUCAGUAUCUAUCUUCUCCUUCCUUGAUCCUGCUCCAGGCCCUGAACAAACCCCCCUUCACCAGAGAGAGACCCCCGCUGGUGGCCCUGCCCAUGCAGAGGAGGAGCCCCAUGGCUGUUUAUCCACCCAGCAACUCUGUUUUGUUUGACACUGUGCCCGACACAACAGGCUUCUCCAACAGCGUAACACUCAAAGGCUUCACCAUGAAGAUAGAGGUAAAAAAAACAAUUCCUCACCACAUACAAAAACAAAUGCAGCUGCACACGUGCAUGACAUUAAUAUCUGUCUCUCUCCGCUCCCGCCAGGAAGUGCUGGAAGUUAAAUGCGAGCCAAUCGAUGAGGUCCCGCCGCAGGGCGAGCUGGGGAUCCUCAGUGUGAACUCCCUGAGGCGCAGCGUCAGCCAGAUGAUGGACGGGAAGUCCCUCACGGGAGACGACGAAGCGUGGGACCCCAACAUUUCAGGCCAUGACAGUGGGAUGUUUAUGGACGACGAGGAAUUUGUCGACACCGUCAAAGGUUUCAGCACGGUGAGGAAGGAGCACACGAUGUUCACAGAUACCAACCUGUGACCUGAGGAUGACCUUUGACCCUGACGGGCUCGGGAUGUUUAACAUUUUGACAAGCGAGGCCACUCGCUCGCGUAAACAAAACCCCGACCAGUUAAAGUGUCAUCGUAGCUGGUUAAGAGUCGUAAAGAGGUCAGACGAGGGGAAGUUUCUUCUCUCUCACGAUGAAAAAAGGAAGGAAGAGGAGCCAAACGGGACUUUUGACAAGAUAACUGGAGGAACUGUUGCAACUGGGAGGAGAAAGGAAGUGUGACAACAUUAACACACAACUGGUGAAGAUACAUUGUUUUUGAGUGGGAAGGAGGAAGCAGCUGCUUUUACUGAGAACUCAGAAUACAGACUCAGAGCACACAUUGAGAAAACACAAGAAACCAAAGAUACUGUGGUGAUGCAGCAGAACAGAGUGUUCUAUUUGAGUACUUUUAUCUGGUAGUUUUGUAAGAGGCCUACUUAACAUUUUCAUUUUACAGGCACAUUUUCAACCAGCUCUCCAUGACUGGACACUUUUGUCAUCUUGACAUAUCUUUGGAUGCUUUGUGGUAAUGGAAUAAGCAAAACCUGUUGUGAACUGUCUGUCUGGUGAGUCCAAGGACACACUUUCAUAUUAAUGUAUUUAAGUUAUGAACAACGAGGAGUGGCACUAAUGAAAAGGAAACAUAGCAAUUAUCAAAUCUCACUUUUCAGGUUCUCUUCAGGUACUUUGGUCGUACUUACUGACUUUUAGACUACUGGUUAUCUUUUAUAAGGUAUAACUUAUUUUUAAUUAAAAAAGCUGCACCUGUGUCAAUGUCACAGACGUGAAAACCGUGCAUCUCCAAAUUUGGUGAUUCUGUUUAUUUUAGACAAACCACAGGAUUAAAGUAUUCCUUUAUAGUUUGAGAAAAUCUCUUGCUUGCUACCAUAAAUAAAUCAUAUUAUU